AUGCAUAAACAGAUAUUUGGUUUCCAAUCACUAAAUGCCAGUAGAAGCUCGGCAUUUAACGAUGGUGUGAAUGAUGGAAAUGUGCUUGGAAGCAAAGCCAUCGAACAUGUAAAUACUCUAGAAUAUUUUUUGAAUCAUCUUUAUGUCAUUCGAUCAGGUUACAAGCAAAGUAAAGAUGAACGAUCAACUUUCAUGAGCCAAUUUGAAUUACAUCAUCGAUUGGUACAGCUUUCUGAAAGUCUCAGCUUAGUUCGCUCUAUUGCUCUUUUCAUAUUCAACGAUGACACGAUAUCAAUUUUACUCGGUGAUCCACUGUUCAAGUUUCCAGGCCGUAAAGUGUGCUAUAUUUUAGUGAUCAUUCUCUCUCUGGCAAUGGGACUUUUUCGUGAAUAUGCAUUGCAUCUUGAAAGCAGAGGAAAUCUUACGUUUCUAUCGAAGUUUGAACAAAUGAAAAAGCCUAACUUCGAUAAGCGAUCCCUGAAAAUGACGCGUAUCCAGUUUAACAAAUUUCGUCUAGUUUUUCUCAUGAUUGGUUCAUUUUUCAGCUUAUUCAUGAAAAUAAGUCUUCCAUUUAUAAUUGCAUUCUCAGUUGGAGUUCGCUUAAAUAACGAAUCCUACUGGAGUACUCCAUCAAUCAUCUUGACCAGUAUGUUUUGGAUUGGAUUUGAAGUUCAUGCGUUUUAUUUUGCGGCUUGUGGAGUCAUUGUUGUUGCCGUUCAUAUCAUUAUGGUAUUUCCAAUUUAUUACUACCAAAUGCUGUCACUAGUUGAGCUAUUGCAAAAGUUUACGGUAAAAGAAGAAUCGGUUACUCAUGAAGUUUUGCGUGGUCUGAGUUUGAACACGAUUCGAUUCAUGAAUGAAUUUGAUCACCUAAAUAACCAAUUGAAACAUUUGACUGCUUAUGUUUUCGUCAUUUUCUCAUUCAUGGGUGACUACAUCAUCUUUUCGGCUACUGUUUUGAGUGAAAGUUCAACCAUUUUGUCAACGCUUAUGUUGUUCUUUGGUUUCAGUGAUUUGAUGGUUAUUGGACUGACAACAUUUGUUCUUGGUGGUUUCAUUACAAAGCUCGAAGUUGUUUACACUCUUUACCUGCGAUUAAUGAUAAAAUCGAAAACUAAACUGACUCAGCGUUUCAAGCCUUUCGAAAUUUUAUCUCGCAUCAAAGGACCUUAUAAUGGUUUUCAAAUUGGUGACUUAUUAACAGCCGAUAAAGCCAUUUUUGUAUAUGGUAAAUGA